AUGAGCAGGGGAGCAGGGGAGCAGGGGAGCAACGGAGCAGCGGAGCAGCGGAGCCGCACAAUGUCGAGUAAUAAGGAACCAGAUGUAAUGGAGACUGUUGAUGUUGAUUUAGAUUAUGAAGAUAAUAUUGAGCUAGAUGAUGGGUUAUUAGAUAAGGACGAUGGAGUGUCGCCCGUAGGUAAAAAACGAAAGCGAAAGAAUGCUUCUGAUGUGCAUCCACAUUUUGUUGAGGUUGAAGGUUUGUAUAAAGGAAAAAUGGUAAAAAAACAUGAAUGCAUACAUUGUAAGCAUACUUUCGUAAAAGGCGACACGAGCACCACAUCAAGUUUGGUGCGACAUCUUCGAAAUGAUUGUCCUGUAUACAAAAGAUUGACAGGUAAAAAAACAGGGUUCAUCAACUUUGAGCCAGUUGCUAAAGAUGGUGAAAAUAGUUUAUUCAGGACUGAGACAAAAAGGGCUUAUGAUCAAAUGAAGUGUCGUGAAAUGAUUGCAAAGUUGAUAAUAAUGCAUGAACUGCCCUUUUCAUUUGUCGAGUAUCAUUGGUUUAAUCAGUUAUUAAAGUAUAACAAUCCUUUAUUUCAAAGAGUUAGUAGGGCAACAAUCAGAAGAGAUUGUAUAAAGGUGGUGGAAGGAGAAAGAGAAAGGAUAAAAAAGAUGUUGAGAAAGGUGAAUAUGAUACCACUUACAAGCGAUUGUUGGACAUCAAACCAGACAAUUGGUUACAUGUGUUUAACAGCCCACUUUGUUGAUUGUGAUUGGAAGUUGAAUAAGUGCAUUAUUGGUUUCAAUGAACUUGCACCACCCCAUAGUGGUGAGGUUAUAUCAGAUGCUAUCUUAGAAUGUCUUAUAAAGUGGGGUAUUCAAGACAAGAUAGGUACCAUUACUUUAGACAAUGCAAGUAACAACGAUAGGGCAGCCACUAUUCUGAUGCAUAACUUCCAAGUGAAAAACAAAUUACAUUUUCAGGGGUUGUUUUUUCAUAUUAGAUGUUGUGCUCACAUUCUAAACUUGGUAGUACAAGAUGGUUUGGGUACUAUAGAAUCGUGUACUUCAAAAGUUAGAGAAGGUGUGAAGUACUUGAAAAAGUCUACAGGACGUUUAAAGAAGUUUGGUGAAAUAGCUGUGUCCAUUGGUAUCGACAUUCGGCGUUCGCUUUGUAUCGAUGUGAAAACUAGGUGGAACUCAACUCAUCGGAUGCUUGAUUCGGCUAUUUACUACAAACGAGCUUUUGAAGGUUAUGCAGCGAGAGAUUCUAACUAUGUAUGGUGCCCCACAAAUGAUGAAUGGACUCGUGCUGAAAAGGUUUGCAAGCUGUUAGCAGUUUUUCUAAAAGCUACUGAAAUGUUUCCAGGUUCAACAUAUCCAACUACUAACUUGUUUCUCACGGAAAUAUAUAAGGUGAAAAGAGAGAUAAGUAAUGCUUUCAUGUCAUAUGAUUCUUUCUUGAAGGAAAUGAGUAUACCUAUGUAUGAGAAGUUUGAUAAGUAUUGGGGUGAAAUCGGGGUCCUAAUGUGCAUUGCUUCUAUUUUAGAUCCCCGUUAUAAGAAGUUGUCGGUUGAAUGGACUUUUGAUAAGUUGUAUGUAGGAGAUGAAUGUUUAAAGCGGGUUGAAGAUGUAGAAACCAAGUUAGAAUCUCUUUUUAAAAAGUAUCAUAAUACAUUCAUGGCAUCUAAGGCUUCCAUGAGUCACUCAAAUAUUUCAACAUCUUCUAACGAACCGACUCAAGAUGUAGAUGAUUUUCAUGCUUUCCUCAAACGUAGACCUGUUGAAACUGGAAAAAAAACUGAACUUGAGGUGUAUAUGGACGAGCCAAAUGAUGAAUGUGUGGAUGAUUCAAAAUAUGAUGUGUUGAAAUGGUGGAGCCAACAUUGUAGCAAAUUUCCUGUAUUAAGCAGGAUGGCUAAAGAUAUAUUUAGCAUUCCGAUCACAACUGUUGCAUCGGAAUCAGCUUUCAGUGCUGGUGGACGCAUAUUGGUCGACUAUCGGAGCUCUCUUUCAAAGGAAAUGGUGGAACUUCUUGUUUGUGGAAGUGAUUGGUUAAAGUCCGGCUCAAAAGCAACCAUUAAAACAUUAAAGCAAUGUGCGGACGAAGAAGAAAAUUUGGAGAUUGAAGUGUUGAUUCCAGAUGGAUGUGAUUAUGAACAAUUUACAGCCUUGAUUAUAACGUGUUAUCUCUCUGUACGGGAGACGAUAUUUGAGGAUGUCAACUGCCGCCGACAUUCGAGGAUGUCAACCGCCGCCGAUAUUCCACUUCUAUACGAGGCACAUCAGCGGAUACACGGGUUUCCUGGGAUGUUGGGUAGUCUUGAUUGCACGCACUGGGAUUGGGUGGCAUGUCUGACCGCUUGGAAAGGGCAACAUCAUCGUGGUGACCACGAUGGUCCUACCCUAAUAUUACAAGCGGUCGCUUCUCAAGAUUUAUGGAUUUGGCAUGCGUACUUUGGCAUGGCCGGUGCGAACAAUGACAUUGCAGUUUUAAUGUCCUUGAAUCUUUUCGACGAUGUCAAAGACGGUGUUGCACCAGAUACUUUAUUCUAUGCAAACGACGUGGAGUAUAAGUGUGGGUACUAUCUCACAGAUGGUAUUUAUCCCGAGUGGGCGACGUUGGUAAAAACUCUUUCGUGUCCAGAUGACGAAAAAAGAUUGUGUUUCAAGAAAAAAAUGUAA